AAUGACUUUGAAUAUAUAGUAACACAUGAAUUCAUUCAUGGACUAGGUUUCGGGUCAAGUUGGAGAAAUUAUUUUAGCGCUAGCAUAUUAACUCCAUUGCCAGUCGACAAUGGAGCGAAUUUUGCAGGAUUUAUGGAAACAAAAUUUGAUAGAUACAUGUUCGUUAAAAUGAAUGGCACAUUUGUACCGAUGACUUCACUCACUAAACAGCUUAAUAAUUUUUUUUCGAAAAAAAAAGUUUCAAGUAAUAUAGAUACGUCAAAUCAGUUCGCAAAUUCACCACAAUUUGCACUUGCACAACAAUUAUUCACUGCUGCAUCUACACCGUCUUCAAUGAAUUUUGUAACUAAUUCGAAUGAUCAAAUUUCAUUAGAAACUAGUCUAAAUCCUUUUCAAGAAGGAUCAAGUGUUAGUCAUGUAGAUAAAUCUUUUACGCAAAAUGGUGAUUUUUUAAUGACAUUUGCGGCGAAAGAUGGUGUUACUCUAGAUGAUAUUGCACAAAAGAACGGAGUUUCUAAUAGUGCCGGUAUUGGUCCUAAAACUCUUAAAGCUCUGGAAACUUUGGGGUAA